UGUCAUUACUACACCGGAAGAAGUUUUUAUUACGCACAAGGAACGCUUUUUACUUCCUGUCAUCCUAACAAUAACAAAAAGUAGCUUGCUAGCUUGUUGGAAAUGGUUGACGUCGGAGAAGACGAGCUUAAGAAGCUCGAAUAUUUGUCUUUGGUGUCUAAAGUUUGUACUGAACUUGACAACCAUUUAGGGAUCAGCGACAAGGACCUUGCCGAAUUUGUCAUCAGUCUUGCGGAGAAAAAUCCGACGUUUGAUGGUUUCAAGUCAGUACUUCUUAAGAAUGGAGCUGAGUUUACAGAUUCACUCGUUAGCAACUUGCUCAGACUCAUUCAAACCAUGCGGCAACCAGCUAAAACAUCCACGAGUAAAGGGAGUGAGCCUGUUGUCAAGCCAAAGAGUGAGAAAGAUAAAUUAAAGGAGAUGUUCCCUGCUUUGUGCAGACCAGAUAAUCCCAACACUAGGACGAUGCUGGAUGAAGAUGAUGUGAAGGUUGCAGCAGAUGCUAUGAAAGAGCUGGAGAUGUUCAUGCCCAGUGCCAGUGGAACAGAUUCAAAGAGCAGCAAACACAGAUCUGAAACCACAAACAGCAGCAAGAAGACCAGGAGGAGCAGGAGUCGCAGUCGAAGCAGGGACAGGGACAGGCGGAGACGCCAUUCCCGUUCCCGCUCCAGAUCUCGCUCUCCAGACAGAGAGAGGAGGAGGCGCAGGACCCGCUGGCAUUCUCGCAGCCGGUCCAGGAGUCCAGCCCGAGGAGACAGGGAGAGGGGCUCAGACCGCUGGAAGGAUAAGCAUGUGGACCGGCCGCCCCCGGAGGAGCCGUCAGUUGGUGACAUUUACAAUGGCAAAGUCACCAGCAUUAUGCAGUUUGGCUGCUUUGUUCAGCUGGAGGGCCUGAGGAAACGUUGGGAGGGGUUGGUUCACAUCUCUGAGCUCAGGAGAGAAGGCAGAGUGGCAAAUGUGGCAGAUGUGGUCAGCAAAGGGCAGAGGGUGAAGGUCAAGGUGUUGUCUUUCACAGGCUCAAAGACUAGCCUUAGCAUGAAGGAUGUUGAUCAAGACACUGGUGAGGACUUGAACCCUAAUAGGAGGAGAAACGUUGCGGGGGAGGGCCAGGAGGAGUCAGCCAUGAGGAACCCAGACAGACCCACCAACCUGAACCUGGGCCAUGCCCCUGAGGUGGAGGACGACACACUAGAACGUAAGAGACUCACCAAGAUCUCGGAUCCUGAGAAGUGGGAGAUCAAACAGAUGAUAGCAGCCAAUGUACUCUCCAAAGAGGAAUUCCCAGACUUUGAUGAGGAGACAGGCAUCCUACCUAAAGUUGAUGAUGAAGAGGAUGAGGACCUGGAGAUUGAGCUCGUGGAAGAGGAGCCCCCUUUCUUGAGAGGACACACCAAACAGAGCAUGGACAUGAGCCCUGUGAAAAUAGUGAAGAACCCCGAUGGCUCUCUGUCUCAGGCGGCCAUGAUGCAGAGCGCCCUGGCUAAGGAGAGGCGGGAGGUGAAGCAGGCCCAGCGAGAGGCAGAGAUGGACUCCAUCCCCAUGGGCCUGAACAAGCACUGGGUGGACCCCCUGCCCGAUGCUGAUGGCAGGCAGAUUGCUGCCAACAUGAGAGGCAUCGGCAUGAUGCCCAAUGACAUCCCCGAGUGGAAGAAACACGCCUUUGGCGGCAACAAAGCUUCGUAUGGCAAGAAGACACAGCUGUCCAUCGUGGAGCAGAGAGAGAGCCUGCCCAUCUACAAGCUCAAGGAGCAGCUCAUCCAGGCUGUCCAUGAUAACCAGAUCUUGAUUGUGAUUGGGGAGACGGGCUCAGGGAAAACCACUCAGAUCACUCAGUACUUGGCCGAGGCGGGAUACACUACCCGUGGGAAAAUUGGCUGCACGCAGCCCAGAAGAGUGGCCGCCAUGUCUGUGGCUAAGAGAGUGUCCGAAGAGUACGGAUGUUGUUUGGGCCAAGAGGUGGGCUACACCAUCCGUUUUGAAGACUGCACAAGUCCAGAGACGGUAAUCAAGUACAUGACAGACGGUAUGCUGCUGAGAGAGUGCCUCAUUGACCCCGACCUCAGCCAGUACGCCAUCAUCAUGUUGGACGAAGCCCACGAGAGGACCAUCCACACCGACGUGCUGUUCGGCCUGCUCAAGAAGACUGUACAGAAGCGUCCCGACAUGAAGCUCAUAGUGACCUCCGCUACGCUGGAUGCCGUGAAGUUCUCCCAGUAUUUCUAUGAGGCUCCCAUUUUCACCAUCCCUGGUCGCACGUACCCAGUUGAGGUGCUGUACACCAAAGAACCUGAGACAGAUUAUCUGGAUGCCAGUCUGAUCACCGUUAUGCAGAUCCACCUCACUGAGCCACCAGGUGAUAUUCUGGUGUUCCUGACGGGUCAGGAGGAGAUUGACACAGCCUGUGAGAUCCUGUACGAGCGAAUGAAAUCUCUCGGCCCUGACGUCCCCGAGCUGAUCAUCCUGCCCGUGUACUCCGCCCUGCCCAGCGAGAUGCAAACUCGGAUCUUUGACCCAGCUCCGCCUGGUAGCAGAAAGGUAGUCAUUGCUACAAACAUUGCUGAGACAUCUCUGACCAUUGAUGGGAUCUACUAUGUGGUGGAUCCAGGUUUUGUCAAGCAGAAGGUAUACAACUCCAAGACGGGCAUCGACCAGCUGGUGGUGACGCCGAUCUCUCAGGCGCAGGCUAAGCAGCGGGCAGGUCGGGCGGGGCGGACGGGCCCGGGGAAAUGCUACAGACUGUACACGGAGCGCGCCUACCGAGACGAGAUGCUCACCACCAACGUGCCUGAGAUCCAGAGAACUAACUUGGCCAGCACUGUGCUCUCUCUCAAGGCUAUGGGCAUUAAUGACCUGUUAUCAUUCGACUUCAUGGACGCUCCACCGAUGGAGACACUGAUCACAGCCAUGGAACAGCUGUACACACUAGGGGCCCUGGACGACGAGGGACUGCUCACUCGCCUCGGACGCAGGAUGGCGGAGUUUCCUCUGGAGCCCAUGUUGUGUAAGAUGCUCAUCAUGUCUGUCCACCUGGGUUGCAGUGAAGAAAUGCUGACUAUUGUGUCCAUGCUCUCUGUGCAGAAUGUCUUUUACAGACCUAAGGACAAACAGGCUCUGGCUGACCAGAAGAAGGCCAAGUUCCACCAGCCUGAGGGUGACCACCUGACCUUAUUGGCUGUAUACAACUCUUGGAAGAACAACAAGUUCUCCAAUCCAUGGUGCUACGAGAACUUCAUCCAGGCACGCUCCUUGCGGCGUGCGCAGGAUAUCCGAAAACAGAUGCUGGGCAUUAUGGACCGACACAAGUUGGAUGUUGUAUCGUGUGGUAAGGCCACAGUGCGUGUACAGAAAGCAAUCUGCAGUGGUUUCUUCCGGAAUGCAGCUAAGAAAGACCCCCAGGAAGGCUAUAGGACCCUCAUAGAUCAGCAGGUGGUCUACAUCCACCCCUCCAGUGCCCUGUUUAACCGUCAGCCAGAAUGGGUGGUGUACCAUGAACUGGUGUUGACCACCAAAGAAUACAUGAGGGAGGUGACCACCAUCGAUCCACGCUGGCUGGUAGAGUUUGCGCCGGCCUUCUUCAAAGUGUCUGACCCAACUCGCCUUAGCAAGCAGAAGAAACAACAGCGCCUGGAGCCUCUCUACAACCGCUAUGAGGAGCCCAAUGCUUGGAGAAUCUCCAGAGCUUUCCGCAGGCGCUAGAACAGUCCAUCAAGACACCCAGACUACCAGUGUCCCCCUGCUGGUGAAGGGUGACUUCUAUUCAUACAGUGGAAGCAAGAUGUACAGAGAAUGCAGGGGGUUGGUGGGGUUUUUUUUUGUUUUGUUUUUUUAAUCCCAAUUUGAAUGUGCGUAUAUGAUUUUGGAAUCUUUAUCCUUCAACCUUUAUUUAUCAAUAAAUGGGACAUUCUCGGUUUAAAUUACCAUCUAAAAGAAAUAACAUUGUAACUUGUUUAAAACACCUUUCAAACAUAACUUUGGGCUCGGGCCUCCUGCCCUGACCCAUUUGUAUUGUAAAAUGAUGUAUAGAGUUUCCUGGCCCUGUGGCUCUUACACAGGAGAGAAUAACCUGAUUUUAGUCAAACCGUUGUGACUGAAGUGCUGAAAAGGAAGGAGGUUGUGAUUUAUUCAGUUUAUUUCAUUCUCUGUCUGUUUCUCUCACACAGUCUUUAUUUUAGGAUUUAAGAUAGUUUUAUGGACCAUGACUCAUCACAGGGACAGCAGACCAGGCCAGCUUUGUACUGUAAUUGUAUUUAGUGGCAGGAAACACUUGGGAAUACUGUGCAGAAACUUUUUUUAUAUCAUUAAUCUGUGUUUGGCAUCAUUUCCAUGUUGCAUUUAAUAAACAUUGUCAUUCAAAAUGGA